GUCAUUUUACUAACGAGCAAAAAGCCUUAUCAAAAAUUCUUUAUAAUCUGUGAAGUAAAUAUGUUAUUACUGAAAAAUCCAAUUUUUUAUGGAAAUAACUAAAACUAGAUUAACCGACAUUUUUCAAAUUGUUAGUAUUCUACUUGUUCCAUUGUUUAUCACUCUGCUGUUUCUUACGUGCUGGAUGAGACAGUAUUUGUUGACGAUAAUAUCAAAAAUGAGUAUAUGUUAGGGGCGUAUCGGAUUGGACAUUCGUAUCUAAAUAUAAAAAAUGGAAUUGAAAGUAACUGCAUUUCUUGUUAAGCAAAGAUUGCAUGAAUUUGUACAGCUUUAAGAAUAUUUCUCUUCUAAACCGUGAUAAUUAAAGACUGCAUAAAUAAGAUUUAUUGGAAUUUCAUUAUAUGAAUUCAAUAAUCCAAAAGUGCCUAGUAUAUACACAUGUUUGUUUUUAAUAUGAUAUCACUUUUUACUGGAUAAGUUCCAUUCAAUUGAAUCAAUAAAUUAUUUGUUCAUUUCAUCAAAAGAAGGACAUCGAAUUUUCAUCUACGCACAAUGGAAGAUUCAACUGACUCACAAAAGUGGCAGCAGCACUUGGCUCUUCUUAGAGAGCAAUAUGUUAAUCUUUACAAUAAUUACACUGAAUUACAACAGAAGUACACCAUUGCCACUGCAUCAAAAGAAGAUCAAAGUUUUAUUGGAAAACUCUUAUCUCAAAUAGCAUUGUUACAUGGAGAACAUCGUUAUAGUGAUAUGACAGUUUUAUUGGGAGAAAAGAAGAUUCCUGUUCACAAAUUUGUAUUUGCAGCGCGAAGCGAUUUAUGGAAUUCUCUGUCAGAGGAAACAUUUCUUGAUUGGAAACAUCUAGAUAAAACUGUUGGAACAGUCCUGUUAAAAUGGAUAUAUACUGACACGGUUGGUCAAGAUCAACUUACACUAGAGCUUAUGAAAGCAGCUGCAGGAUUUGGACUGACAGAAUUGGUGGACAAAUGCGAAAGGUAUUUAAUAGGAAGUGUAAAGUUACAGGAUUGUGUGAAACUGUACACAGUUGCAGAGGAGCUGGGAACAAAAAAAUUAAGAGACCACUGUAGCUCAUUAAUUUCUUGUCAUUGGGAUGAUCUCAAUGGUGAAGAUUUUAAAGAAAUGCCUGGAUCAUUAUUGUAUCAGCUGUUGAAGGCAAAAAGUGAAUAUCCAUUGCAUUUUGCUGUUAGACUAGAACGUGAAGAUGUCGUAUUUUUAUAUUUGGUUGAACACAAUGCUGAGCUGGACGUAGCGGUGAAUCGACUGGACAACAAAGGCGAGCGAGCUUUAGAAGUAGCCUUGGCAACGCGGCAGCCCGGUUUGGCGCGCAGCCUCGUCGAGCACAAGGCCGAUCUGAGGGCGAAGGAUCCGCGCGAGUUGACGCUGCUCCACUCGGCGAUCGUCAAAGCAGACUCCUACGCGGCCGAGUUCAUCGUCGAGCAACUGGAGCGCGGCAGACGCGGCGCUCCGAUCGACGAGGCGCAAGCUUCGAGCGGCCGCUCGGCGCUCCACCUUCUCGCCAAGCACACCUCCGCCGAUAUGCUGCAAGUGGCCAGGAGUUUGCUAAGGGCUGGCGUUGAUCCCAACGCUCGCACUCACGAUGGAUGGACUCCAUUGCACUGCUGUAUGGUCGAGCGGAACGAGUCGCUGCUGGAGUUGCUACUGGACCUGGCGGAGAUCGACGUGGAAGCGCGAACCAAUGACGGCGACACAGCGCUGUGCCUGGCACUAGAGAUCGAACCCGCGGACGGUGGAGCAUUCGAGGCGGGCGCCGCACUGAUUUUAGCCAAGGGCGCCCAGCCGAAUCCCCGCUAUCCGGACGAGAAAGCCGACUGCCUGCUGCACCGACUGGCUCGACGUUCACUCGAGGGGCCGGCUCUCUUUUUGCUGGAGCGCCUCGGCACCGACGACGGUAACAGGGACGCGGAGAGCGGAGACGGAUCCCGAGGACUCGCGGCGCGAAACCGCGAUGGUUGGACCGCGCUGCACGAGGCAAGCAGAUCUGGCCUGGCGAAGCUUUGCUCUAUGCUGCUGCGACUGAGACCCCAGAUGCUCGCCGAACGCAACCGCCAGGGCGACACGGCCGUUCACUUGGCGGUGAGCCACGCGAGGAUCGAGGCACUGAGGGCGCUGUUGGGUGGCGCCAGCGAGCCUGAAGCGAUGCUGGCUGCGAGGAACGAACGUGGCGACACGCCACUGAGCUUAGCUUUGACGGCGGGCAGCGAGAACGCCAGGCCGCUCGUGCAAGCUCUCGUCGAGGCUGGUGCGUCGCUGGAACUUCGCGAUCAGCGGGGUUGCACCGCUCUUCACCAGGCCAUCCUCAAGGAGGACGCUCCGUUGGCACUGCUGUUGCUGGAGCGUGGGGCCGACGUGAACGCGCGGAUUGAAUCCGGCCAGCUCUGGGAUAAGGAUGUGAACGACUCGAUUAUGGGUGCUGGCCCCGAGGCAGUAGGCAAGACAGCAUUGCAGUUGGCAGUACACUGUCGACUGGCCGAAGUUGCCGAAGCACUCUGUCGCCGUGGAGCGGAUCCUUCUCUCGGAUGUCCCUUGUGGGACGCCCUCGAGAGCGAACAAAUCGACGUUGCGUCAUGUUUGGUUACCCAUGGCGCCGAUCCCGACUGCUGGACUGCCCAUCCAGAGCUGCGCAACUGCCAGCAAAGCCUAUUGCAUCGUGCUAUCGACGAGAACCGUGAGGACGUCGGGCAGUUUUUGGUACGCAGCGGCUGCGAUCUGAACUCGCCUAGACGGUCUCUUGUUGGAACUGCAGACGCGUCGACCACGGCUCCAGAGGCUCGAGAUGAAUGCACGCCGCUGCACCUCUGCUGCCAGUGGGGUCUCGAGCAACUGGUGCAGACUCUGAUCGAGCACGGUGCCAAUGUGAAUGCCCGUGACGCUGAGGGCAAAACGCCGCUGCAUGUCGCUAUCGAGAACCAGCACGAGCGCAUUACUUCACUGCUGCUCUGCCAUCCGAACAUUAAUCUAGCCCUCCGCGACAAACGCGCUCAGAGUCCCUUUGCCGCGGCUUUGUCACGGCGCAAUAACAAAGCUGCCCAGGCGAUCCUCGCCCGAUUACCUUCCGCCGCCGAACAGCUCGACAACAAGGGUCGCAAUUUCCUGCACACUGCCAUACAGCGCGACGACAUGGAGAGUAUACUGUUCCUGCUGUCGAUCCAGGUCGACGUCAACUCGCGAGUGCAGGACCAGACGCAGACUACACCUCUGCAACUCGCCACGGCUACUGGCAACGAGAUGCUCGUGCGAAGUCUUAUCCUCGCUGGAGCUCGGGUGCACGAUCAGGAUGCCUAUCGUAAUACCGCACUUCAUCAUGCAGCCAAGCAUGGCCAUGCCGCUAUCACCUCGGCGCUUCUUCAGAAUAACGUUAACUUCGACGCAAUCAAUGCCGACGGCGACAACGCUCUUCACGUAGCCACGCGGGAGGGUCACGUAAGCGUGGUCAGGACACUGCUCACCGAGUGCACUCUGGAUGCUGAAGCGGUCAAUCUUAAAGGCCGUAAUCCGUUGCACGAACUCGCCAGAUACGGACGUGAUAACGCUGCUACCAUAUGCGAGCUUUUCUUUGAGUGCAUGCCCAAGUAUCCGCUCAACAAUGCAGAUCUUGAUGGCAACACUCCGCUACUGAUUGCCUACAUGAAGGGUAACGGCAACUUGUGUCGGUCUCUCGUAAAAUUUGGUGCUUGCUUGGGCUCCAUGAACAAAGAUGGUAUUACUAUUUUCAACUACCAAGUGGCUACCAAACAGCUCCUCUACAGAUUAUUAGAAUCGUUAACACAGGAGGCUCCCUGGGCCGACAAAGACCUCUGCCUCGAAUGCGGCACCAAGUUCUCGUUAACCAUGCGCAAACAUCAUUGUCGUCAUUGCGGCAGAAUACUGUGUAGCAGAUGUUCAGAUCAAGACGUUCCAAUUCUCAAAUUCGGGCAAAACAAGCCAGUUAGAGUCUGCGCUGUUUGUUUUGAUGUGCUUCAAAUUGGUGCUGAUUGAACCGAACACGCCAAUUUUUACGAAUCAUUCCAAAAUCUCUUCAAAAUUUAUUAUAAUCAAUAUAUUAUUAUUUACAAUUGUUGUUUAUACUAAAUAAUAUUAUUCAUUAUUAACAACGAUACGAUUUUCACUUCAAAUAUUUU